CCGGAAACGGAAGCCGUGAUUCAGGUGGAGCGACAGCAGCAGCAGCUUCGGUCCGUGACGCUUGUUGUCGCCUCUGACAGAGCUAACGUUAGCUCGGGUUUGGCCCGGUGGAGCUCGGUUGGGUUGGUACCUUAUCUUUAUCACCUGUACGGUAAACAUUAUGUCGGCCGCGGAUCCCCGGUCCUCGAGUGACGGCGGGCCGGCCAGCAGAGGAGGAUUCCCGGCUGGGGAGAGCAGCAACGAUCGAGACGGGCCGGGCGGCGGCAGCAGCAGCGGCGGCGGGGAGGGAGAACCGGAGCGGGACCGGGCCACCUUCGAGUGCAACAUCUGUCUGGACACCGCCCGGGACGCUGUCAUCAGUAUGUGCGGACACUUGUUCUGCUGGCCCUGUCUUCAUCAAUGGUUGGAGACGCGGCCCAGCAGGCAGCAGUGUCCUGUGUGUAAAGCGGGCAUCAGCAGAGAGAAAGUCAUUCCGCUGUACGGCAGAGGGAGCUCCAGCCAAGAGGACCCCAGGUUGAAAACUCCACCUCGGCCCCAGGGACAGAGAACAGAGCCUGAGAGUCGGGGCGGGAUGUUUCAGGGUUUCGGGGACACCGGCUUUCACAUGUCUUUCGGAAUCGGUGCUUUCCCCUUCGGCUUCUUCACCACAGUCUUCAACGCCAACGACCCCUUUCACAGAGCAGACCAGUAUGCAGGGGAUCAGCAAGGCACCCCUAACGUCAACAACGGCAAUAACAACUGGCAGGACUCCCUCUUCCUGUUCGUGGCCAUCUUCUUCUUCUUCUGGUUGCUGAGCGUGUGAUGUGGACUGGAGUCGGUGGAUCGAUGAGCAACAUGGAGGAGUGCGAAAAAAAACCCUCCCACAUGCUAAACUAAAGCCACAGACACGCACUAAUUUUACAUUUCCUAGCUGGUACUAACUUAACAGAGGGUGAAGUUUUGUGUUGGAUCCCAAGACAAGAAGUACAGGAUGUAUUAUAUCUACUAUAUUUGGUUUUUCUCCUGCUGGCUAAGGCUGGUUCACUUUCUCAGCCCUGUCUACCUGCUUCAUUGAUUUUGUUUACCCAAGCUGUGCGUGAAUCCAAAAUCAUGAAUCACGUUGGCACUCGUUCUCUUCAUGCACCUGUACAUAAACACACCCAGAACAAUAACUUCUUUGGGUCAGAGACAGUAUUAAGUGAUCAGGGGGGACUAUGUAAUGGGUUUCCUUUUCUUUCUUUUUUUGGAAGAGGUCGGUGAAGGAUAAUUUGGUGUUUUUUUUUUUUGGUUUUUCACAUUCCUCCUGUGGGGUUCAAAUGAAAAGAGAGGGAAGGGUAACGGAGUGGUUGCCAUUUCUUACUCUAAAUGGCCAAAGAGUAGUGGAUGAGUCAUGUCCGAUGUCAGGGGAGUGAAAAGUGUAUAUGUUCCUGUUUUCAGUUUCCUCGUGAACUGAACAAGAACUCCUAGAAUUUGAGACUAACGCUUGAAAACAGACGGACAAGUAUCACAGAUGGAUUUUUUUAUACAUUUGUCUUAACAAAAACCUGCCAUUGCACUGUGAAGUCAUUUGUAGACGCAGCUGUCCUAACGAUUGGAGCGUGUGUUGGUGUGUAACCACUGUACAAACACGGGACGGGUGUAACGUUCGAGGCCCAGUUUGGGAAAUUGUUCGCAUUAACAUGAGCAACUUGAGAGUAAAAAGCAAUCUGACACACACAGCUUGUUUAUUAAAGAGUAAAUUGUCAAAAGUUCUGACUAAUAAGUAGCUCAAUAAGAUCUACACAAUACAUCAUGAAGGCAGACUCGAUGCAACGUGUGAGGAGAAUCCUUACAGUUAGUUGUGGAGGUGAACAUUUACAGGAAGCUUUCUGUCAAGGUGAUUUGUUUUUUCUUGACUAUGUGUCAGUGUGUCUGAGUGAGUGUGUAAACAUUAUAUAUUUGUAUAUAUGAAUAUUGUAAAUGCUGUUUUUACAUGUUUUCUGAGUGGAUGACCAGCCACAGAGGGAGAAAGGUUUGAGCAAGUUGGCCUCAAGAUGCUUUUGUAAAUCAAGUGAAUUCCUUUUACUAGAAUAUGCUGGCAGCCCAAAUAACUCCUGCGAACUUCACCAAUUAAUUUAAAUAAAUGUUAUGAGGGCAUUCAAUUGUGUCCUUCCCUGCUAAUGUGAUUUGAUAUGGGGAGAUUUGCGCUUUUGUAACUGACACAGUGGACUUACUUUACUGUUUAAAGCAGUCGAGCAAAACUAAACUAACACAGGUUAAUCUUAAUAUCUGACAAGUUAAGGAAAAAGUGCCUCACUUCUUUCUUACUAACACACACACUUUCAGUUUUAAACUUGUUCAGCCCCACACAGCUCUCUGGAGCCCAAAAAAGGCUACAUGUGAGGUCUUUUCCCACAUAUACACUAUAACUUCCCAACAUAUUUAAACACAUUUUGAUAUGUGAUACCGCUGUCAUUCAGCUGAACUAGAUGCAAUGAAUCGGACAAUACAACAUCACACCGGGGUCAGAGAAACUUGAUGUUCUGUGGGAGAGACAGGAUGGCUACUGGGGCUAGUCAUUUCUUUCAUACCUGUCAAUUCAAGCAACACUUUGUAUUAUAAGGCUUAUGUGACACUAAGACAAGUGAUUGAAGUCACGGUUUGACUUAAAUGGGAGACAUUGUGCAAAACCAAAUGAUGUAAGAGAUUAAAACUUCAUUAAAAACAAAUCGAUUUGUUUUGA